GAAAUGCUUCAUUUCAUUUCAAAAUUCGAUGUAGCUUUUAUAUUUACAUUUUCAUACGAAAACCAAGCGCUUGAGUUAAAUUUCAUCUUGUCAAAAUGAAACUCGCUUCGCAAUUUUGGCACAAAGUCUGCCGUCAUUAUCAUGCAAGCCGUGGGUUGUACGUUCCAACAGUUGAAAAGAGCGAAUCGAAUGACCAACUGAGGCACAAGCUCGAGCACUCUGAGGAGGUAAUAAAACGGGCUAUGACUUUGUAUAAACCAAAUGAGAUGAUGCUGUCCUUUAAUGGUGGCAAGGAUUGCACGGUCUUGCUGGAUAUUUUAGCCAGGAUGACGUCACUGACGACCUCAAUGCCCCUGGGAGCGGUUUACGUGAAGUCUGCAAAUCCAUUUGAGGAGCUUGAGACGUUUGUGGAUAAUUCUGUCCAGCGCUAUGGACUACAACUAAGGAUAUACCAAGGAGCCCUUAAGGUUGCCUUCGAGCAGCUGAUAGCCGAGGAUUCCCAGGUGAAGGCAAUCUUCCUUGGCUGCCGGCGCAGCGAUCCCGAAGGCUUUGAUCUAUGCGAUAUGGCACCUACCAACAACGGAUGGCCAGCGAUGAUGCGGAUCUUCCCGCUGCUUGAGUGGAGCUACCACGACAUUUGGAGCUACUUGCGCUCCAACAAUCUGCCCUACUGCUGCCUCUACGAUCGGGGCUACACAUCAUUAGGGGAUCGCAGUUCAACCCGUCUUAAUCCCAACCUGCUGUCUUACGACGAAAAGCUGGGCAAGAUGACUUAUCGGCCAGCCUACGAAUUGGAGGAUGUGCUCCUGGAGCGGAUCAACCGGGAUGGGCAUGGCCAGGUCUCAGUCAGCGGAACCAAACAAUAACCAGUGGCCAAAGUUCAGGUCAAGCUCAAAGUUUCCGGCUCUGCUCUUGACUUGAUUUUCUUUUCAUUUUUCCACCCCAAUGUGAGACAAAGUGGAGCAGCAAGUGUCAGCUAACUGGGCCGACAAUUCUUCGUCAAGACCCCAUUUCACUUGUUCACAUUUCGCUUAUCAGACAAUUUGAAUAACUUGCACAAACCGGCCUAGCCCCUUAUACCAUACCACUUUUAUCUACUGUAUAAGAGAAAUGCUAGUAAAAGUUCUUAAAUA